UCCAGACUUCCAGUUCAUGAAAUGUGAACGUGGACGCAAUCUAUUGUUUAUCUUAUGCGGGAAGGUAGUAAAGAUUUUAGUGUUGUUAAAACACACCAUAAAUACUUGCCGCUCAAACGUGCGAAUAUUUUCUCUAACUUCAGUUCACAAUGGACAGUUUGCUUUUUUAUCGCUCACGAUUUUUUUUUCUUACAACCGCAUUAGAAGUGGUCACGUAUAUUCAUAUUUUUUCACAUUUCAACUUGUGCACUCGCUACGUGAUGUGUUGUAUGUGCCACUCAAGAAAAGGACUUGAUACUUUUGAGAAACUUGGUGAAAAUAAUUUGAAUUUUUGAAACUUCGCUUCGUUAAAAUCAACUCUCAUAGUUCAACAGACAAAUAUGGCUACGUCAUUGAAUACAGAACAAAAAUUUAAAGAGACUAACAGAACUGCUUUCAAGAUUCGUAAUUAUGUAUUUGAAUGGACAAUCUGGCAUUUCGAGUUUAUUUGUAAACAUGAAAAAGUAGUUAAAUCUGACAUAUUUUCAACAAGAAAAUUUAAAGAUGGCAAGUGGUUAAUUGUGAUGCAACCAACAGAAUUAACAGAAAAAAACGAGGAUUUCUUUAUAAUUCAUUUGAUAUAAAGUUUGAGUAAAGUUCUAAUUAAAUGCUACAUUAAUGUCGUUACUCCUGAUAAGACUUUAAUACAAAAACCGCUUAUUGAUAUUGAAAAAUGUAAUGGACUAAUGGAAAGUAUGAAAAGUUUGCAAGACAAUGAAGAAUUCAAAGAUGUUACGUUUAAUGUUGAAGAUAAAAAAUUCACCGCUCACAAAAUUAUUCUAGCCAAUCGGAGUACUGUGUUUGCUGCAAUGUUCAAGAACAAAAUGACUGAGGAACUAACAUCCGUUGUUGAAAUUGAUGACACAAAAUCAGCAAUCUUCCAACAAAUGUUGAAUUUUAUUUAUACGGAUCAAGUGGAGAAUUUAGAAGAAUCAGCAGUUGAAUUAUUGUACGUUGCGGAAAAAUAUCAAUUGGAGAAACUUAAAAAUUUAUCCAUCAACAGUCUUAAUGACAAACUAUCUUUAAAGACAGUUAUUAAAACUUUGGAGGUUGCCGAAUUGUAUUCAAUUGAACUGCUAAAGCAUGAAUGUCUUUAUUUUAUGUCUGAGAGAAAGUAUGAUAUUAUUGAGACAAAAGAGUUUCAGGAAUUCAUAUUAGGUCGUCCAGGUUUAUGGACAGAAAUUUUAAAUAUAAAAAAACAGGUACACUCAGAGAAAAUGUUUAUUUCACUUAACCAAACUGUUUAAUUAACCUAUUUUAUUUGUCACGAUAAAACAAUUUUGUUGAUUUA